AGGUUUAAACCUUCUUGGAUAUAAUUUCUUAACCAGACUGUGCCAGCUGUGGUUUUUCUUCUAGAAGAGAAGGUUGUACCAUCAUACAGAAGUUGAUUUUGUAGCUUGAGAUCUUAAUUUCAGAGGAUCCCUUGCAGUUGGCAGUAAAUCAGGCUACAAAUUCUUCUCUCUUUCUUCUGUGGACAAGUUAGAGCAGAUCUAUGAAUGCACUGACACAGAAGAUGUGUGCAUUGUGGAGAGGCUGUUCUCCAGUAGUCUGGUGGCCAUAGUUAGCCUUAAAGCUCCACGCAAGCUGAAAGUUUGUCACUUUAAGAAGGGGACAGAGAUUUGCAACUACAGUUACUCCAACACGAUCUUGGCUGUCAAACUUAAUAGACAGAGGCUGAUAGUAUGUCUGGAAGAGUCUCUCUAUAUACACAACAUACGAGACAUGAAGGUAUUACAUACAAUCAGGGAGACACCUCCCAAUCCUGCAGGGUUGUGUGCUUUAUCAAUAAACAAUGAUAACUGCUACCUGGCCUAUCCAGGGAGUGCAACUAUUGGAGAAGUACAAGUCUUCGACACCAUCAAUCUGAGAGCUGCCAAUAUGAUCCCAGCUCAUGAUAGUCCCUUGGCUGCUUUGGCAUUUGACUCAAGUGGUACUAAACUUGCCACUGCGUCAGAAAAGGGGACAGUAAUAAGAGUGUUUUCCAUUCCAGAGGGACAGAAACUCUUUGAAUUCCGGAGGGGAGUGAAGAGGUGUGUGAGCAUCUGUUCGUUGGCUUUCAGCGUGGAUGGCAUGUUUCUGUCUGCAUCCAGUAACACAGAGACGGUGCAUAUCUUCAAACUUGAGACUGUGAAAGAAAAACCUCAGGAAGAGCCUACAACCUGGACAGGUUACUUUGGAAAAGUGCUGAUGGCCUCAACAAGCUAUCUGCCCUCUCAAGUAACAGAAAUGUUCAACCAGGGUAGAGCCUUUGCUACAGUCCGCCUGCCAUUCUGUGGGCACAAAAACAUCUGUGCACUUGCCACAAUCCAGAAGAUCCCUCGUUUAUUGGUGGGAGCUGCUGAUGGGUAUCUCUACAUGUACAACCUGGACCCCCAAGAAGGAGGAGAGUGCACACUAAUGAAGCAGCACAAGCUUGAUGGCAGUAUGGAGCCAGCCAACGAAAUUCUAGAGUCUGCAUCCCAUGACCGGCCGUUGGUAGCGCAGACGUACAGUGCCGCUGUGACUAAAGGUACAUACGUGCCUUCCUCACCCACAAGGCAUGCCUAUACUGAUGACCUGGGUGCUGUGGGUGGAGUUUGCCUGGAAGAUGAAACCAACUCACUUAGAUUGGACGAAGACAGUGAGCAUCCUCCCAUGAUCCUUCGGACAGACUAAACUUUGACCUGUGAACUCACUCCUGAAGCAGAGAACACUGGCUUGAUGUUUCUUGAGGAAUCUCGUGUUAUGCUGCUAUGAACUUUGACAUGAGUUGGGAGAGAGGAGGACAGACUCUUACAGUUUUAAGUCGUAGCUGUAGUUCUAAUUCUAUACAAUUGGAAAAAUAUAUGGUUUUCAAUUCAGUGGCUUUUAAUCUUGCUUAUCUAUUUUAGCUGUGUUGUUUUUUUUUUUGUUGCCAAAACCUGCUGUUUGUGCAGCCCUCAGAGCCUACUAGCUUUGCAUGCGUUCAUGUGCCAAGCAAGCAUAGGAGGGGGAGAGAGAGAGAAGCCACUUUAUAACAAACCCAAGUUUGUAUUUUUUUUAUAUAUGUAUAUAAUAUUUAGCUUAUAUAAGGAAGGAGUAGAGAAGUGGUUCUGGAAGCUGAGACUAGUUCUGCACUGACAAAGGUCCAAAUGGUUUCCUGUGCAUGGGCUUGCAGGCAUACCUAGUGACUGACAUGCAACCUUUCAAAAAUGCAAUGGCCUGUUUUUUUGGGUUCUCCCUCCCCUUUCCUGGACCAUUUUGUUAAUUAAAAUUCCUUCUGAAUGUUGUGUAUUUGUGGGACUGUUCUGUUUGUUGGGAUGGAAAACUGAAAGUGUUUCCCUGCAUAAGGAUAUAGAAUAUAGAAAGUGCCUUUACAGGGAAGAAAAUUAAUUGCUGCAGGAAGAAAGCUAGAAUGAAGGAGGAAUUGCUAGAGACUCUUGUUGGUACAUCUUUAGUACUUGGGUGUCUAUAGCCCAUAGUGGCUGGUAAGCUUGUGGGGUAUUUUAGAGAAGACUUGGAAUGCACUUUCUUUCUCUCCUGUAGAUUGUUUUAUUUCCUUGGCAGAGUAGCAAUAACUUUUUUUUUGAUACUUUUUAAAAUUAUCCAAAGCGAGGAUUCUGUCAGGCUGGAUGGAAGUCCCUGUAGAGUAUGGCAGCCCCACUCUUGAAACAGCCUUAAGGUGUUCAGCUGGAAGGCAUAGCUCUCAGUUCUUGCCUCUCUUCAGUCUGGGGCUGAGUGUACAGCUCUAAUAGUGAAGGUUCACUUUUUCUUUUCUCCAGAUACUGAUGUAAAUAUAAAUGAUUUUGAAAGGUUAAUUUUCUUCUGGGUUCUCUUCUGCUGGAUAAAAGUGCUUUUUUGGGUUUUUUUAUUUUCCCUUUCAUCAGAGUACCUCUUGUGAUACACUCCAAGGACUGGUUGUCUCUUUGACGGUUUUGGAAUAAAUGCCUAACUGCCCUGACCCUGGCUAGGGCUUUCCAAGGCUGAGCAGUGCUGCAGACUAUUUUUAGGGUUGUAAUGUGCCUUCUCUUAAGUCUUGGAUAGCAGUUAGUGAGCAAGUGAUUAGCAGAGUACUUGGUGAGUGUUUACUUUCCUUUGCCAAAAUGAGCCUGCUUUGCCUUUGUGUAGCAAUGUGGGUUGCUUCCUUUCCCUCUACUGACUGCUUGCAAAGAAAUAAAAAUAAAAACAGGAGGAAAUCGCAGAUCUGGAGAGGAGAACAGAAGCUGGGUACUCCAGCUAUGUAUGAAUUCUUAUCACAACUAGUCAGUGAUGUGCUUUUAGGAUUUGCUGCUGUUAACAAGUCCUCUCUUGAGCAACAGCAGGCGGUGGUCUUUGUCCCCAAAGCCCUAUGUGGGCAGGUGGGCUUCCCUUUCCUCUGAAAGUGCAGAAGAUGGUGGUAGCCCCUGCCAAGAGAGCUGCCUGUAUCAGUGACGCUACUGUUAGGCCAUGUAAGUGGAAGAUUUGAAGAUCUCUUUGAAUGAGAUGAGCACAUGUGGGAGAGAAGGUAUUAGGCUUGUUUAUUCACUGAAAACCCUUGACUCUAAGUGGUUGGCUGGAGUGGCUUGUGGUGUCCUCCAGAACCCAGUAUGUCCAGAGCAAACCACUGAGCCAUGCUGAAAUCUUGCUUAGUCUCUUGACUUUAAGCUUGGCUGACAACAAAAUUCCAUGGUCUGGAAUUAUUUUUUUUUUAACUGCAAAUGCUACCAGCUUUGCUGUGGAGCUCAUAACUACAGGGUAAAAUACAAGUCCUGAAGUAAAUAAAAGCUCAGUGAGCUUUGCUGGCAAACUGAACUGUCCAGGAGCUGUCAGAUGUCUGCUUGUUCCAGACUGAAGCUCAUAAAUGUUCCUGCUAACAUACUUGGAGGCUUGGUGUAGACUCCACAAGUAGAGUUAGCAGUAAGCACACAUAAGCAACACAGGUCUGCAAGCACAUGAGUUUUACAAUUCCUGACUUCAUGUUAUGGAGUAAGAUAAAAUCCUUAAUGUAAUUACUAACUUCUACUGCUAAAAAUUUAGAACAUUUAUUGUACUAAUUUUACCCCUUCUUAACGUUCACACCUUAUCUUCCACAGGUGAGUUGGAGACCCCAUAUUCACUGUAUUUGUGUCUUCCACAUGCUGUAGUGUGAUCCUGAGCCACACACUGAAUCGCUAUGCCCUGCUUGGUUAGCUUUUAUGCCAAAGCUGGAAGCCAGUUAAAGUGUCUGUCUUGUUGUAACUGGGAAAAUCUUUUUUAGAGAGCAAAAGUACAAACGUUCUCUGGUUAGUGACCAACAUGGAGCUAGUAGGGUGGUGUAGGUGGUUUCUGAUCCCCACUGACAGGGUAUUUAGGAGUGACGACAGUAGUUUGUCUUAAAUUCAUUGCAUGAGGAUAUAAUCUUUGUCUCAGAUAAAAUAUGACUAGUAUUUCCCUCUGGCUUAGGCCCUCAGUAACCACCCUGUUGUGGUAUGCUACCAAAGUUAGAAGCCUUUCAGGUUGAGGUUUCAUCCCAAUGACACAAAGAUGUUUUUGUUGUGGUUGGGUUUUUUUUUUUCUUAAACAUACCAGAAAUGCUGUUUGCAGCUACAUCCCCACCUGAGUAUGGAGCACGUGACUGCACUGUUAUGCUCUGUGGAUUAGGUGGUGUCUAAACAUUUUUAUUCUGAUGCUCUAAGAGCCCUGGAUUCCUCAGGGUGAGCCAAGGAGGCUCUAGCCCUGUGCUGUGGCUUGUGUUUCUAGUCACACGAGAGGGGAACACCUGUACAGCCCCUCUCAUCUUAAGACUGACCUUCCUUGGAAGGAUGGUGUUGGUUCUGUGACAGUGUGUGUGUCUCUAGAUACAGACUGCACUUCUUGAUAGCUUUUUAACUUACUAGAGGAUUGGGGGUAGAGAUAAACAACUGCAACAACCAAAGCUGGGGAAGGGGGGAACGCUUUUAAACUUGGAAUUCUAAACUCAGGUCUUAAAUUGCAGUGGGAUCUGUUCCCAGUGAGUACCAUAGGGAAGGAGCUGUUUCUCUUGAUGUGCAAAUAGGCAGUGAGUGUGCAUGGUCCGCUGCUGCCCCGACAUCUGUCUGUUUACCCUACUUUGUAUUUCAAGUUCUGAGACAGAAAGCUUUUAUCUGCUCUGGUCUCUUCUUAUGUCACUGUUUCCAAAAUACAAGUGAUAGAUACAAAUCUAGCAGUUAAAAGGCUGGGCCUGCCAGAGGAUGAGGAAGUAAAAAGCAUAAAGAGGUUAGUAAAAGCUGUUUCUGAGGCCCUGUUCAGCAAGACAUUUGUGCCAGUGCUCCCUCUGGGAUCAGAUGUGUGCACGUACCCUGCUGCUCUAGGUCCUAUGCCAGCGAGUUUCUUGGGCCUGUUUCCUGCGAGGGUGGGGGUAGACAUGGUGGCUUUUCAAGUCUGCCUGAAUGCAAAUAAAUAUCUGAGCAGGCUUAAUACAGUGACAGGUGGCUCCACAGAGGAAACUUGCAUCUGACUUACACCUAAUAGUAAAAAGGGAGGAGUGAACUACAGAGCUACCAGCUCGGUGAGUAGGUUAGCGUAGAGCCCUGAGAGCCAAUCAGCAGAGCACUCUGUUACAUCCCACGCUGAGCUUUCUUGCUCUAAUAAUGGCACUGGCACCAAAGCAACAUGCAGUAAGACAGUAGAAUUUCUUUCCUGAGCUGUUCAGUGUACCACUUGUGUGUGCAGAUGCUCCGCUGCUGUUUGCAGAGUGAUGGGAGUCUUUGUCCAAAGCAUUGGUGGGGGAUUAAUAAUCGCUGCAGAGGUUUGGAAAGUUUCAUUAUGCGCUCUAGCUGUCCAGGCUCAGUCGCCUUGAUUUAACCUGUUAACAUCUGAGAGCAAGGCAGAGCGUCUUCUCCACUUGUGCAGAGCAGGCCUUUCUGUUUCUGGAGUCUGUGCAGCACUAUGAAAGGCUUGCAAUGAAGAAAGCAUGGCUCUGACUGUAAAUAAAUCCUGUCAGAUUCCAGUUGCGCAACCAAAGGAAUUCAGCAAAUUCCUAUUUUUCUAACCAUGACAUGCCUUCAUUUUAACACUCUUCAUAUUAGCAAGUCUCAUCUUACGCUGCCUGGAGAAUAACGGACAAGAAGUUCUUAUUCUGGCUUGCAAAUAGCUACAGUUGUGCUUGUUACAGAUGUCUCAGUGCUGUGGCUUUGACCAUGCGGCUGCAGCAAUCUGUACGCUGACUCCCCCUGCGCUGCCUUUGCAUGUGUCUGGUUUCUCAGGAGUGGUGAGUUGUUCCCCAACCUGUAGCUCUGGGUUUCUGUGGGGCGUUGACUCAACCUUGUCUACCUGGACCUAUUUGCUCUUGCAUUUGCUUCCUCACCUGG